AUGACUCAACCCGAGCAAUUCGUCGGCUUCGGGGGCGUUGGGAACCCAGGCCCCUACCUCCGCAAGACCCGCGACGAAUGCAUCGCCCUGGUCCAACCAAAAACGCAAUUCGCCCUCAAACAAAACGUGACAGCCUGCAUACUGCAGAAAUUCACCGAGACCGACAAAGCAAUCUACGCAUCCCGCCAAUACGUGCUCACACUCUGGCCAGCCUUCAUCGGCGCCAUCGUCGCCCUGGCGCCCGAUCCGGCGUACAUGGUGUACGAUAAUCUGUGGUGGUCGGUCUUGUUCUGUGUAACGAGUGGAGGGUUGCCGGGGCUGGAGCAGGGGUCGUCGCCGCCGCAUCACGUAGAGGCGCAUUCUGAGGGGGAGGGGAGGGAGAUGUGUGAGGGGUGGGUCUAUGAUGGGGCGCAGCCGAAGGUGAUGUCGAAGGCUUAUGCGAUGGGGGAGGCGAGGAGAGGGAAAGGGCACGUUCGUAUGGAGUGGGUUUCGCUUUUCGUGGGCGUUGGUCUGUGGGCGGGAUUUAUUGCAUAUUUUGCGAUUACGCUGAAACCUUCGGUUGGGUUCAGCUAUAAUGGCGAUCCAACAAAACAUGCCAUAUGGUAUUACAUCUCCGCCGCCCCCGCAAUCCUUGCCUGCAUCUUCGAGGCCUUACAAAACCGUGUCGACCUCUACGAACCAGUCAACGUUGUUGAAAAUGUCGGCGACAGUCUAAUCAAAGGUGAAGCCUCAGCUAGGACUAGAUCUGUAUCCGUUACCCAGUCUUUGCCCCAGCAGUAUUACAAACGUGUCGAAGUACGCUCGGUGUUUCAACUCUGGCUCCGAGUCUUGGUCCAUCAAUGGCGUCGAUCGAGGUACCGUAUUCUGGUGCGGGACCCAACCGCACAUCACAUCUGGUGGUUCUUCGCGAUUGGUAGAGCUAUGGUGGGCAUCGGUCGUAUGACGGUCUUUGCUCUGGGUUCAAUCACAAUGGGGAAUAUCAUUUUGAUGCCGGUGCCUGAUGACAUAUGGGUUUUUGUGCUGCUUAUGUUCACCACGGCAGUACCGAGACAAUUGUGGCCGGUAUUUUGGACGAAUGGGCAUCGUGGAGCUGAUCUUGUGGUUUUUGCGAGGAAUUUAAAGGUAGAUGGUGCGCUGCAUGUGCGAUGA